AUGCCAGAUCUCAGUACUCGUCAAAAGGUUGCUGUUGUCACGGGUGCAUCCUCUGGUAUUGGGUUCCAAGUCUCCAAACAGUUGGCGCAGUUAGGUUGGAAAGUGUACGGAUGUGCUCGUCGUGUUGAGCUGAUCAAGCCUCUGGAGCAGUUGGGAGUUGUGCCUAUCCAACUCGACAUUACGUCAACUGAGGAGGUUAAAAAGUUCAAGGAGUUGUUACAGUCACAACUUCCAGAUGGUAAAUUGGAUGUGUUGUAUAAUAACGCUGGUCAGAGUUGUACACUUCCAGCCUUUGACGUUACGGACGCACAAGUGGAGCAGUGCUUUGCAGUUAACGUGUUUGCACCGAUCAGACUAACACGUGAGUUGCAAGAGUUUUUGAUCAAUGCAAAGGGUACAAUCUUAUUCACGGGUUCUCUUGCUGGGUUAGCACCGUUCCCAUUCUCAUCGGUCUACUGUUCUACUAAAGCUGCUAUUCACCAGUUUGCCCGUGCGUUACACCUUGAAUUAAAAGGAUUCGGUAUCCGUGUGAUCAACGUCAUUACUGGUGGUGUUGCUACGGACAUUGCCGACAAGAGACCCGUACCAAGUGGAUCGAAGUUCGAUUUCCCUGUGGCAUUGCAGUCAUUUGAAAACCGUAAGAAGAUGGCGGAAAAGAACAAACCACUGAGCGCCGAAAGAUAUGCGAAGAAAGUAAUUGGUGAUAUUCUAAGUUCGAGAGAUCCAAUCGAUGUCUACAGGGGUACGUACUCGACGAUUCUGAGCACUGUGGUCCAGUACUUCCCAGGCUGGUUUGUGGAAUUUGUCUUAACUGUGAAGUUCAAACUUGGGCCAAUCUUUAACUAUCAGAGAAAGAAAUACGGCGACGAUGUUGACUUGCACCUCGAAUGA